CUGAAAAAUCGUGAGCAUAUGAAAGACAAGUGCAGCUGACACGUUACAAGGCUAAUAAGACGAGAGAUAGAGAUAUGUUGUUUAAUGUUUGCAGGGGACAUGCAUUCGCCAAUUUACAAUUGCAUCACAGGCCAAUACAUGGCAACGACCCUUUUUCCAUCUUCUACUCUUUUGGUUCCCGCAAGCUUAAAGGAAGCUAAUCCCAUAACCAGAAACUCAUCCUCCAAGUUACUUGUAAACUGCAAAACACUGAAGGAGCUGAAGCAGUUGCAUUGUGACAUGAUGAAGAAAGGGUUGUUGUGUCACAAGCCUGCUAGUAACCUCAACAAGCUUAUUGCUUCUUCUGUUCAGAUAGGUACCCUUGAGAGCUUGGACUAUGCUCGAAAUGCUUUUGGGGAUGAUGAUGGAAACAUGGCCUCCUUGUUCAUGUAUAACUGUCUUAUUAGAGGUUAUGCUUCAGCAGGGUUGGGUGACCAAGCAAUCUUGCUUUACGUUCAGAUGCUGGUGAUGGGCAUUGUGCCUGACAAGUACACUUUCCCUUUUUUGCUGAGUGCGUGUUCUAAGAUUUUGGCGCUUUCUGAGGGUGUUCAAGUUCAUGGGGCGGUUCUUAAGAUGGGUUUGGAGGGAGAUAUAUUUGUCAGCAACUCUUUGAUACAUUUCUAUGCGGAGUGCGGGAAGGUUGACUUGGGACGAAAGCUGUUUGACGGAAUGCUUGAGAGAAAUGUUGUGUCUUGGACUAGUUUGAUCAAUGGUUAUUCUGGGAGGGACUUGUCAAAGGAGGCUGUUUCUCUGUUCUUUCAGAUGGUUGAGGCUGGUGUAGAACCUAAUCCGGUUACCAUGGUCUGCGUUAUAUCUGCUUGUGCCAAGUUGAAGGAUCUUGAAUUGGGUAAGAAAGUGUGUUCUUAUAUCAGUGAGUUAGGCAUGGAACUUAGCACAAUCAUGGUGAAUGCAUUGGUUGAUAUGUACAUGAAAUGUGGGGAUAUAUGUGCUGCGAGGCAGAUUUUUGAUGAAUGUGCCAAUAAGAAUUUGGUUAUGUACAAUACUAUCAUGUCAAAUUAUGUGCACCAUGAGUGGGCCAGUGACGUGUUAGUAAUUUUGGAUGAAAUGCUGCAAAAGGGACCACGACCGGAUAAGGUGACCAUGUUAUCUACGAUUGCAGCCUGUGCACAGUUAGGUGAUCUUUCUGUUGGGAAGUCAUCCCAUGCUUAUGUCUUACGGAAUGGACUUGAAGGUUGGGAUAACAUUUCCAACGCCAUCAUUGACAUGUACAUGAAAUGUGGCAAAAGAGAAGCAGCUUGCAAAGUUUUUGAGCAUAUGCCAAACAAGACGGUGGUGACUUGGAAUUCGUUAAUUGCAGGUUUGGUUAGAGAUGGUGACAUGGAAUUAGCUUGGAGAAUCUUUGAUGAGAUGCUUGAGAGGGAUCUUGUAUCUUGGAACACUAUGAUCGGUGCAUUGGUUCAAGUGAGCAUGUUUGAGGAAGCAAUUGAGCUAUUCAGAGAGAUGCAAAACCAGGGGAUUCCAGGAGAUAGAGUGACAAUGGUGGGCAUUGCUUCUGCCUGUGGAUAUUUAGGAGCUCUUGAUCUUGCCAAGUGGGUAUGUACUUACAUUGAGAAAAAUGACAUUCACGUGGACUUGCAGCUUGGCACAGCUUUGGUUGACAUGUUUUCAAGAUGUGGUGAUCCCUCAAGUGCUAUGCAUGUUUUCAAAAGAAUGGAAAAACGGGAUGUGUCUGCCUGGACUGCUGCCAUCGGAGUUAUGGCAAUGGAGGGAAAUACAGAAGGGGCUAUUGAGCUUUUUAACGAGAUGCUUGAACAAAAGGUGAAACCAGAUGAUGUUGUUUUUGUGGCACUAUUGACAGCAUGUAGCCAUGGUGGCUCUGUGGACCAAGGGAGGCAACUUUUUUGGUCAAUGGAAAAAGCCCACGGAAUACGUCCUCAUAUUGUCCACUAUGGAUGUAUGGUUGAUUUGCUUGGUCGAGCUGGGCUGCUGGAAGAAGCUGUUGAUCUCAUACAAAGUAUGCCAAUAGAACCUAAUGAUGUUGUGUGGGGAUCUCUACUAGCAGCUUGUCGGAAACACAAAAAUGUUGAACUGGCACAUUAUGCAGCUGAAAAGUUAACACAAUUGGCCCCUGAAAGAGUUGGGAUUCAUGUGCUGUUAUCUAACAUAUAUGCAUCAGCUGGAAAAUGGACUGAUGUAGCAAGAGUGAGGUUGCAAAUGAAGGAGAAAGGGGUCCAGAAAGUGCCUGGAUCAAGCUCAAUAGAAGUUCAAGGAUUGAUUCACGAGUUCACCUCAGGUGAUGAAUCACACGCAGAGAACACCCAUAUUGGAUUAAUGCUAGAGGAAAUAAACUGCAGGCUAAGUGAGGCAGGGUAUGUUCCUGAUACAACCAAUGUCUUACUUGAUGUUGAUGAGCAGGAGAAAGAGCAUUUGCUCAGCAGACAUAGUGAGAAACUAGCCAUGGCUUAUGGAUUAAUCACUACUGGUCAAGGUAUACCCAUACGGGUAGUAAAAAAUCUUCGAAUGUGUUCUGAUUGCCAUUCAUUUGCAAAAUUAGUGUCAAAACUAUACAAUAGGGAAAUUACAGUUAGAGACAAUAACAGGUAUCAUUUUUUCAAGGAAGGAUUCUGUUCUUGUAGAGAUUAUUGGUAAUAGAUUUAUUGAGAGGGAACUUCUUACCUCUGGUUUACAAA